AGGGGAUGCUGGUUGAGGUACGUUACCGCACUGGCUGGUCCGAGUGCAUGAUGCGCUACUCUUGCUCUAGUCAAGACAGAUGGCUGGACGUCACCAUGGAGGUCCGCAAGCAUCGCACACAGAAGGGCGUCCAAGACGAUAUCCCUCGAUGCACAUGGAUGCGUGUGCGUAUAAUGCAGGCCGAUGGGCGGCGUGCUGGCUGGUUGAAGGCGCGUGUAGAGGUGCCGGAUGGCAGCGGCGGGAUCAUGGAGUUUGUCAUGCACAACGGGCGAGGCACCUGGGACAACCCGCCAGACUGGUACAUGCGAUGCAUGCAUUGCAAUGCAUCCAGUCCAGAUUCAUUCUUUCUUUCUCUCUCUGUUGCGUGUGUGUUUGGAUGUUUCUAAGGUACGGGCAUCGCAAUUACCAGGUUCCUCUCCCCGCUGACAAUUCGCCCGCCCUGCUGAUCGUCACACUCAGCAACGGCACUAUAGAUGGUCAGCAGAGGCAACAAAUGUAGUACAAAUGUGACUGACUGACAACAUUGUCUGCGAGUGUGUGUGUGUGUGUGUGUGUGGUGCAGCUGUCGACGUGCCGCAAGAUCUCGCACCAGCUGUCGCUGAGACGUAGGGCACAUCACAGUGGUCGCACUCCUGUUCCUGUGAUGGAUGGAUGCUGUGCAGGUCUGUGGGCGCGGUGGCGGGCCUUACCCAGUGUAGCGUGUGUUUCGGGGACUACCAUCACGAAGAUCUCCACAGGCAGCCCCAAGUGCUUAGAUGCGGUGAGCAGGAAGCGCACACCGACACACGCACGCACAAGGGGCGAAGAAGUCAGUGUCGGUAUAUAUGUGUAUGUGUUUUGUGUGCCAUACGUCCGCCACCACCAGGACAUUCGUUUUGCCUCAAGGUACAGUGGCUGCAUGGCCGCAUCCAUCGGACUGCAGGAUUGUAUCUAUCACGCCUUCUUGUUUCGCUGACUGCCUGUGCAGUGUGUCAGGGGCUUCAUCGACCACCACCCCCGUGGCCGUCGUAGAGCUGUCUGUCCCACAUGCAGGUGUGCACGCCGCCACCCCACUAAUGCACAAUAGUGCGUGUGCAUCUGUAUGUGUGGGGCUUUCUGUCAAUCAGGGUUGAGACUCCAGAGGCUGAUGUGCACAUCAACUACGGCCUCCGUGACAUCCUGGAGAAGCUGCUGACGGCCACUGCGGCGGCAGCGCCGGCUUCGGCGACCAACAAUACAACGCACCCCCACCCGACCCCCCCUGCUCCUCCUAUUCCCCCAAGCAGCCACGACGCACUUGUUCCUCCUCGCCAGCGCCAGCAGCAGGCCGACGGACAAGACGACACCAAUGCUAUAGCCCCGCCGAGUCGGACGUAAGCAGACCUCUGUCAGACUCACCUACCUCAAGCAUAGGUGCUUAUCGGCUUUGUGUCUGUUCUUUGUAUGUGUGUGUUGUCGGCAGUCCUGCCAGCGGUGGCAGCGCUUCUGUGAGUCGUCGAGCCGGCACAUUGCUGUCUGGUGUGGAGAAGGACGGGGUGGUGAGGGAGGGCAUGGCUGGACCACAGCCGAGUGGCGCGCGGCAGCGGCAGCGGCAGCGGCAACAGGCCAACAGCAAUCUCUUCAUCAUCGCAGCUGCACAUGGCGCACAGCAGGCCAGGUAAAUCCUGCUGACUGCAGACAAGAUGGUCAUGAGUCUGUCCUCCUUGAUCUGGCCAUUUCAGCGUUUUGCGUCGCAGCGGCACACUGCCACUGUCGCCGUUCGUGUCCGACGGACAAGACCACCACCACCACCACCAGCACCAGCAGCGGCAGCAGCAGCAGCAGAGGGACGAUAGACAUGAGGGUACGGACAGAGCUUAAAAGAGACAGACAUCACACGACACACACGCGGGGGUGGGUGCAUGUCAUGUGUGCAGGUGGUGUGCAGCGUGAGCGUCGCCCCCACAGAUACUACCGCAACUAUGGCGGCAGAGUCAGGUGCGCGUGCUUGCCGCUUGCGGGGUGUACUCUCCCUCUCCCUCUCUCUCUCUCUCUCUUUCGUUGGUGUCGCUGCGCACAGGGAGCGUGGGACUCCCCAGCGGCCGAUAGCCGAGCAGACACCGACCAACCGGACGUGAGCAGCACCUCUCUCUCACUCACCGACCUCCGUCAUUGCUCAAAGGUUCUGCCUUUUCGUCUGUUCUGUGUACACAGUGGAGGCAGCGCUUCUCUGCAUCGCGGAGUGCAAUCCGAGGAGGUGGGGCGGGAUGCCACCGCUGGACCACAGCCAAGUCGCACGCAGCGGCAAGGACCACAGGCCAAUAACAACCCCCUAGCCAUCGCGGCACAUGGCACACAGCAGGCCAGGUAAAUCUCGCUGCUUACAGACAAGAUGGUCGGCCCUCGUCAUGAGUCUGUCCUCCUUGAUCCGGCCAUUUCAGCGUUUCGCGUUGCAGCGGCACAUUGCCAUGUGGUGUCCCAUACGAGGUAGUGCGGGAGGGCAGCGGCAGGACGCCGACAGCCUUCGAGCGCGUCACGUACGACGACAUCGCGUGGACUGAUAGAUUCGAAGGCAACCGCAUAGCGUGGCGUAACAGUGGGGCGGAGUGUCGUGUGUCGGAUUGGUCCGAGUGGAUGCGGGAGGCGCUGCUCGAGAUGCGGGAGGGGGAGGUGAGGCGGGUCAACGACGACAGAUAUGGGCGGUUUGUACAGCUGCAAUUGGUCCGCAUUUUGGAUCGAUGAAUGACAGACACAUGGCAUAGCGCUUCCCCUUUUGGCCGCGUGUGGGUGGCAUGUAUGGCUGAGCGGGGAGGGAGAGAGGGAGGGAGGGCAGUGUGGACGCACACAGACAGUCGGCCUCGGUCGCUUCGCGUCUGCCAACGGGUGUGUGAGGCACCUCCCUCCCUCCGCCCACCCCUGUUGAGGCUCUCUCUCCUCCUCUGCUAUUUCACCCACACCGGCCAGCGUGUAUAUGAUGUUUGUUUGUGAGGCUGUGAAUAGCCGGGUGGGCGGGGCGGUGGAAUGAUAUUAUAGAAAAUUCAUGAAGGAA